AUGUCACGUUCGAUGAGUCGGUUCCCUUUUAUCGUCUCUUCCCCUACCGCACUGCACCGCUACCCCCCCUCGAAGCUCUUCCUUGCACCAGGUCCUCCUCCGGUUGACCCCCUCCCCCCUCAAGGUCCUGCUCCCUCAGGUGUGUCUCAGGUAGAUGCUCUCGAGCUUGUCGAGGUAGCGGUUGACUCUGAUGCUGCUACUGGGGGUGGUGCUGCUGGGGGUGCUGAGCCUGAGCGUGCGGAGCCUGGGGGUUCUGAGCCUGAGCGUGUGGAGCCUGGGGGUGCUGAGCCUGACCGUGUGAAGUGUGGGGGUGUUGAGCCUAAAAUUGCUGAGUCUGAGGGUGCGGAGCCUGUGGGUGCUGAGCCUGGGGGUGCUAAGUGUGAGGGUGCGGAGCCUGGGGGUGCUGAGCCUGGGGGUGCUGUGCCUGGAAGUGCUGAGCCUGAUGUUGCUGAGACUGGGGGUGUUGAGUCUACUGGAGUUCCUGCAGGUGCCUCGUCCCGGCGGGAGCCUCUCUCUCCACCGCAGCUACGCGAGUGGUUAGCUCGCCGCUGGAGACUCCAGAGAGGUGCUGCUGGAGCUGGAGCUGCUGGAGAUCCUGCUGGUGCUAGAGUUGCUGGAGGUACUGCUGGAGCUGGAGCGGCUGGAGGAGCUGGAGCUCCUGUAGCUGCAGGUGCUGCUGGAGCUGGAGCUGCUGGAGGUACUGCUGGUGCUAGACCUGCUGGAGGUGCUAGAGCCGCUGGUCCCGGAGGUGCUCAUACUGGAGGUACUGGAGCUGCUGGGGCUGGUGGUGCUGCUGGAGUUGGAGCGGGAGGCGCUAGUGUUGUUGCUGCUGGAGGUGCUCCUGGAGCUGGAACUACUGGAGGUGCUAGAGCUGGUGGUGUUGCGGGAGUAGGAGCUGGAGACCCCGGAGCUGGGAGAACUGGUGCUGUCUCUGCUGGUUCUGGAGGCGCUACGCGGCCGCGGCCGUACUUUUUUCCACUUCUUCAGCAGGUUCUUGACCUCCCGCCUUCUACUGGUCCCACUCUUCCCUUACUGUGUCCCCAGCCUGCCCAGCCGCAGUCGCAGCUAGAGCCAGCCUCUCCACUCCCUUGUCCUUCUCCUUACUCUAGGCUGACUAGAGAUGGCACUUUGUCCUUCCACUGCUCCACUGCGCGUCCCUCUGCCGUCUCCUCUCUUGCUGACGGUCCGGACCCCGAGUCUGACUCAUUUCGUGCUGCUAGUCCUACUGUCACGCGUCUACUAGCCAGCGUUGUCUCUGACCCGUUGUUUGAGUCCACUGCUGCGUCUCCCCUAGUUGCUGAGCUUGUUGACUUUGCUGCCGCCUGUCGUCUAGACUACGCCGCUAGUCUUGUUGCUGAGUCCGAGUCUAAGUUUGUCUGUCCUCCGUCUGUCGGAGGUGAGUGUGCUCUUAGCACGGACGUCCUUGAGGACAGGCAGGAGGACUUUGAGUGCUUUGCUGCUGCUUUACCUCAUCUCGUAUCCAUGUUGAUUGCCCCUGAGGGAGACCAGGAUGCACCAGACAUCCCGACCCCGCGCUCUUAUGCAGAGGCGAUAGAGGGUCCCUACUCCUCUCAGUGGCAGACAGCCAUGGACGUAGAGAUGGCUUCCUGGAAGUUCACACGCACCUAUGUCGAUCAGGUUCCCUCGCCUGGGGCGAACAUUGUCAGUGGCAUGUGGAUCUUCAGGGUGAAGCGGCCGCCGGGUUCUCCGCCUGUCUUCAAGGCGCGUUACGUUGCACAAGGCUUCGGUCAGCGAGAGGGAGUUGACUUCUUCCAGACCUUCUCCCCCACCCCGAAGAUGACCACUCUUUGGGUUCUGCUGCACAUAGCUGCUCAGCGUGACUACGAGCUGCACUCUCUUGACUUCAGCACUGCUUUCCUACAGGGCAGCCUGCACGAGGAGAUCUGGCUGCGCCGCCCACCUGGCUUCAUUGGGUCGUUUACUCCUGGUACCCAGUGGAGCCUCCGACGGCCAGUCUAUGGUCUCCGCCAGGCCCUGUGA